UCUGGCUGGAUCCGAGGUGGCUUUAACGUAUGUUUACCUAUUGACAUACAUGGUAGCCACAGUCCACAUCUACCCCGGCGCGCGGUAAUGCGGUUUCCCUUGCCGUACAAUAUUGGUGAAUAUUUCGCGCCUGGCACGAUCGAUGAAAAGUUACGUUGUGAAGCUGCUACAUACGUGUGGCUGAACAAGCACUGUCCAACAAUCCCUUUGCCUAGGCUGCUUGGUAUGGGGUUUCCAGGGUCUCAAUCCGUAGGUUCUCGUGGCCAUUUGGCAGAUCUCCGUCCGCUGACUGUAUCGUGCUCAGUUUACUGCCAUAGAAAACGAGACUUGGCCGAACCGAAUUCUUUGGCACUUCCGUAGAAUCUGGAACUCAUUGCGAGGAUUCGAGACGAUCCCAUGUUCUGCUAGCAAAAGAGCUGGCCUCGCCAACACCGGCUACCUACUUCUGGAGUGGGUACCGAAUGGCAAAGAUGUUGUCCUCCAGCUGGCUAAAACAUCGCGACGAUGAGACUCGGCGUGACAACCUGUACCACGGACUUGCCAAAAUGAUAUUGGAUUUAGCCAAGGUUCCACUCCACCGUAUAGGCGCAUGGACUAAUG